UCGGUGUUCGUUAUGUUGUGGAUUACAGUAUUUGUGAGCGGUAUUCUAUUCACCAGCGUUUUAGGUGACAUUUCAUCCAUUGGCAAUUUAGCAAUGCCCGAUGGUCGCAUUGUCGGUGGUGAACCGACAGAGAUAAGUAAAUACCCUCACCAAAUAUCUAUGCGAUAUAAAGGCAGGCACCGUUGUGGUGGAAGCAUUUAUACAUCUAAUGUUAUAGUAAGUGCAGCACACUGUGUUGUUGGAAUAGAAGCAACCGAUUUAACUAUUGUGGCUGGAACAACAUUAUUAAGUGAAACUCCAUUGGCUGAAAUACCUGUCUACAAAUUUAUUGUACAUGAAAAAUAUUCAACUUUGAACAACGAUAACGAUGUUGCUAUUUUAGUGUUAACUGAUAACUUUGACUAUGGUCCAAACAUACAACCGAUUGGUUUGGCGAAAAAUUUGCCACCAACUGGUACAGAAAUUACCGUAUCUGGCUGGGGUACUUUAGAAGAAGGUGGCACCAUACCUGAUCAAUUGCAAGUAGUUAAUGUUAAUUUAGUUGAUCAAGCUGUUUGUAAAAAAUCCUACUACAUACUAUUAACUUCUCGUAUGUUGUGUGCUGGAGUCAAUGAUGGAGGCAAAGAUGCUUGUCAAGGUGACUCCGGUGGUCCAUUAAUAUGUGAUAAUGAAUUACUUGGUAUAGUAUCGUGGGGAACUGGUUGCGCACGUAAAAAUUUCCCAGGUGUUUAUGCUAGUGUACCUGCCUUAUAUGAAUGGAUAGAAGUCACCGCUGCAAAAAAUGGACGUAAUUUUUCAUUUUUGUAA